CUGCCUAUAAAACCGGCCCACGGACCGGCCACCUCAUUCCCCAUCCGCGCAGGCGAACGAGCGACGAGCACGAGCUCCCCGUCCUCCUCCUCGUCGCGUCUCCUAGCCUAGCAACCCCCUCCCAUGGCGGACCAGCUCACCGACGAGCAGAUCGCGGAGUUCAAGGAGGCCUUCAGCCUCUUCGACAAGGAUGGCGACGGUUGCAUCACUACAAAGGAGCUUGGAACUGUGAUGCGGUCCCUUGGCCAGAACCCUACUGAGGCAGAGCUGCAGGACAUGAUCAACGAGGUUGAUGCUGAUGGCAACGGAACCAUCGACUUCCCAGAGUUCCUGAACCUGAUGGCGAGGAAGAUGAAGGAUACUGACUCGGAGGAGGAGCUCAAGGAGGCUUUCCGUGUCUUCGACAAGGACCAGAACGGUUUCAUCUCAGCUGCUGAGCUCCGCCAUGUCAUGACCAACCUCGGGGAGAAACUGACUGAUGAGGAAGUCGACGAGAUGAUCCGUGAGGCUGAUGUGGAUGGCGACGGCCAGAUAAACUACGACGAAUUUGUCAAGGUCAUGAUGGCCAAGUGAGGAGUGGCCCCAUGAAAUAAGUUUCUCUGAAGCGAACUGAAUUAUCAGGCAUACAGGUUGUACUUUGUGAUGUUCAUUGAGUACUUGUUAUCACGCAGGCGAUAAUGUUCGGUAGUGAUCAGGUUGGGUUAGGUGGUGUAGUCAUGGGAAGCGACAUCAGAUACUGGUUUCUUUUGAUUGUGAUGUUAUCUUGCAUUGCGCCUGUUGGAGCUUUUAGGAUUUGUUGAAGUUCCACAUUUUUCUGGGUUUUGGAUCCUUUGUGCAAA